AUGCCUCGAGAUCCAUUGAUUGGGCUGGUGGGAAAGGUUGGUCUUCGCGCAAUCGAUUACAAGGGUCUUGCUGACACCGAGUCUGAAAAAGCCAUCAAGCGGCAAGUCCACAACUUUGAACAGCUUGACGGAUGCUUCUUCCAAAGUCGCUUCACCACCAUUGACCCUCAGCGAGCCAUCGGAUACCUUCAAAUCGAAUGCGCAUGCCAAAGACAAAACGUGUCGGAUCGAUGUCAGCCCAAUUAUGGCGGCUGCCACGAAGGGCGACGCUCCGUCCCCAUUGAGUUGCUGGACGUUGCGGGUCUUGUGCCGGGAGCGCACCAAGGACGAGGACUGGGCAACAAAUUUCUGGAUGAUCUACGCCACGCCGACGCGCUCAUUCACGUCGUGGAUGUCAGCGGGACGACUGACGCAGAAGGUAAGGCUACGCGAGGGUACGACCCAUCGGUGGACAUUGAAUGGCUGCGCUCGGAGAUUGUGCGCUGGGUACAAGGAAACUUGAUGGAUAAAUGGGGGUCCAUCAAGCGGAGACAUACCGCAACGAAGGCAAACCCAGUCGACACAUUACAAGGCCAAUUCUCCGGUUACGGCAGUACGCCACAAACCGUCGCGCGGGUUUUGGACAAACUCGGCCUGAAGGAGCCGCUGGAAGAAUGGUCUGAUGAGACGAUAGAAACGGUCGUGAAAACAUUCAUCGACGAAAAAUUCCCAACGGUAUUCGCUUUGAACAAGAUUGAUCAUCCGGAUGCAGACAAGAAUAUUAGCAAGAUUGCCAAGAUGCAAGAUCCCAACUCUAUUGUUCUCUGCUCCGCUAUAUCAGAAGUAUUCCUACGGCGGUUAGCGAAACAGGGUUACAUCAAAUACGUCGAAGGGAGCGAGUUCGUCGACACGCGAGAAGAUCUGAUUGAGAUGGGAGAUCCAGAUGGAGGCGGUCUCAAGGAGAUGGAUGAGAAAUUGAAAACGCGUGUCGAAAACUUAAAGGACAUGGUCCUGUAUCGCUUCGGCUCCACAGGAGUGGUCCAGUGCCUUUCCAGGUCGGCAGAGCUGUUGGGCCUGGUGCCCGUAUUUCCCGUCCGCAACGUCUCCACCUUCAGCUCCGGAGCUGGAAACGCUGUGUUCCGUGAUUGCGUGCUUGUCAAGAAAAACACCACUGUGGGGGAAGUCGCUCGGAAAGUAAUGGGUGACGUGCCCAUCUCCUACAUUGAGGGAGUUGGAGGAACCCGGGUUUCGGAAGACGAGAUUGUUACCGUCGGGAAAUAUGAUAUUUUAUCAUUCAAACCUGGCCGGUAG